UUCUGUUUUCUCCCUCUCUCUCUCUCUGCAGCCAACUCCUUGAACAAUCCGCCAUCUCUCUCUAGAUUUCUCUCUCUAAAACAAUCAAAAUUUGUGGUGGGUAUGGCUCUACAAGUCCAAGUCUCUCUCACUCCUCCCUCAAUUCAUUCACCAGCUUCUCUGUCUUCAGUGUAUAUCAAGCAUUCGACUCUUUGCUUCAUCGGAGACCACAGGUCAUUGGGUUCAUCAUCUAGGGUUUCGAAGAGUGUAAUUGGGGAAGAGAAGAGGAGAGAGAAGAUUGGUGCUAAAAAGGGUCUCUGUGUGAGGGUGAGUUCGAGCUUGGACACCGCCGGUCCGGUGGUGGGUCAGGUCACGGAAGUCAACAAGGACACCUUCUGGCCUCUCGUCAACGCCGCCGGCGACAAGGCCGUCGUUGUCGACAUGUACACUCAGUGGUGUGGUCCUUGCAAAGUGAUGGCUCCAAAAUUUCAGGAAUUGUCUGAGAAGUAUCUUGAUGUUGUCUUCUUAAAGCUAGACUGUAACAAGGAUAACAAGCCAUUGGCGAAGGAGCUAGGGAUAAGGGUGGUCCCAACAUUCAAGAUUCUCAAAGACAGUAAAAUUGUUAAAGAAGUCACUGGGGCCAAAUUUGAUGAUUUAGUUGUUGCAAUUGAGACUGUUAGAUCCACUUAAUAUUCUUCCUUCUUGUUUCCCUGUUGUAAAAUAUAUAAUAACGAAUUGUAUCUAUCUAAAAUAAGUAUUUUGCAAUUAGAAUUCUGUAUUUUUCUGUA